AGCAUAAUAACGGACGUAAGACGGGGAAAAGAGUUUGAGAUAAAGAGAAAGAGGAUGGCGGCUGGGUUAGGAAAGAGGAGCAAAAUAAACGGAGUUUUCCACGACGAUUUGUUGGGGGAGGUCCUGCAGCGUGCUCCGCCUGAAUCGGUGGCGCGUUGUAAAGCCGUGUGCAAGCGGUGGCGAAACCUAAUCUCGACCCCUUUUUUCUUCGGCCGUUUUUGCGGCCACCACCACCAGCUGCUAAUUAGCGGCGAAGAGGAGUGCGUCGCCACGCGCUGCUCCACCAAGGGGCAACUGUUCAUCUUUCAUCCCCGCUUUGAGCGCCAAUUUUCCCUGGACUUCCUGCCUUUUGACGAAGCUGCGAAAAGAAAGAAAUUCGUGAUGGGUUUCUGCGAAGGACUGUUCUUGUGCGAGCCAGACGACGGGAUCGCAGAUGAGAUGUUUUACCACAUAGCCAACCCGAUCACCAAGAAUUGGGUCGGGCUCCCAGCAUCGCCAAAGGUGCGUUCAGAUUUUGAGAUAGCUGUGGGCUUCGCCUAUUACCCUGGCCUUUCCGGCCCUCGCUUCAAGAUUGUCCAAAUUCUUUCGCCCAUUCACACUGACCCGGUGUCAGACUUUGAAGUGGACAUCUUUUGCUCGUGGACCGGAAACUGGGCUCGGGGAACGGUUACAUUUCCCGAGCCCAUCAUGUGGACGUACUUCAUGCUAAUGCAAGCUGCCGUUUUCUACAAAGGGUACUUGCAUUGGAUGGAUGGGGGGAUGAGGACAAUUCUCUACGACGUCGAAAACGACGCGAUCGCUUGUGUUCUGAAUCGGCCCGAGGGCGCUGCCGUUGUCACGGAGGAGUUGUUUUGUUUUGGUACGUGCGGUGGCCGGUUUUACGCUUCGGAGCUGCACCAAGCGACAUUGAGGAUUUGGGAGCUGAAGCACCUGCAGGGGCAACGGCCUGAGUGGAGUAUCCAGCGGCAGGUGCACAUUCCAAUAAUACCAGCUACACGCAGCCUACCAUUGCUGGCUAUCCAUCCAUGGGAUAUGAAUGUUGUUUAUAUAGGUUAUGGGAAACGGGCUAUUUCUUGCAAUUUGAGAACCUAUACUCUGAAACCCAUUUGCAGGAUAGUAAGGUACCGUUUGACACCCCUGAGGCUUCCACACAUUGCAUUCGAUAUGACAUAUAGCAUCAUGUUUCCCCCCUGGCCAACUUCCAUCCCCAAUACGGAGAAUGUGACAUCCAGUUCCAAAAAGCGAGAGUUAAUUUAAUUUAGGAUUUCUCAAAAAAAAACUGUUAUUAAAACCCCUUAGUUAGUGCGUGGCUUCAAUUAUUAGUUGGAAUCGUAGAUUCCGGCCUACACUUUUUUUGUUUUUUGUUAUUUAUGUAGGAUAUUUUGAACAAACCUUAUCGGUACGUAAUUAGAUAUUUCAAAUGAGUGUUACUUAGUUUUUAUUUAUACUUUUAUG